AUGAAAAAGUGCCAUUUCUGUGGUGAAUUUCGUGAAGAAGGCGAUUUGCGCCUUACUCGCUCUUCAAAAACUAUUCUUAUAAUGUUGUGUGCAAUGCUAGAGAAGGGCAAACUACGAACUCGUGAUGCACAAGACUUCUAUAACAAAAGUCUACAUUCACAUACACGAAUUUGCAAGAACCAUUUCUACGAAGCGGCAUACACGGAGGUGACAGGCUACAGAUUGGUUUCGUUUCACCAACAGUUCAAGGAAGAUGCAGAAAUCAACAAACAAAAGGUCUGUUUCGAGCUGGAAGAAGUUUGCGAUGGUCUUGGGCGCCCUGAAUCAAAUUCCACUGAGAAGCAGCUCACUCCCUCAUCAAAUUCAACUGAGGGAUCCGAAGGCAUUACGGAAUUGGAUGAAACGAGUCCUGCGCUGCUCGACAAGCAAUUUUUAAUCAAAGGAAGCCAGCUGCUUAAACUCUUUCGUUUUUGCCCAUCUUGUGGCACUAAAAUAUCAGACUCAGUACGGUGCUUAAGUCUGACGGCCAUGGGGGAAGCCCCUAUUGUGCACUACAUCUGCACAGCAUGUCAUCCGUUCGAGAAACGCUUCGAAGGACAGGAAACGACAGAUACUCAUGCUAACGGAACCUCCUCUGGAACCAAUGUGCAGACUGCAGUGGUUGGAGUCACAGAGAAUGCUCGAUAUGUCAACUCCAGGUUGCGGCAACGGACUGAAGACGCUGCCACGCAAGGGAUCGCUCAAGACCCUCCAUUGAAGCAGGCAAAGCUCGAAGAUUCUACCGGUUUCCACUCGAGUGAAAGAUUGAGUCUGCUCCUUCUCAUUGUAUACGAGUUAAGUGAAAAGGUAGUCGAACUUCAGGCUCUCGUGCAAAAGCUAAGCGAUCGGUUACCAGAAGUGGAAAAUACACGGGAGGACUGCGACAUGGCGAUUUCGGAAGCGAAGGAAAAAAUGCAGAAAUGGCAUUGUCGUAUCUGUAGUGUUUAUCGAGAAGGCAACGAACUUCGUCGAAGUAAAUCGAAGAAAACUGUUCUCAUAAUGUUAUGUGGAAUGGUGGAAAAGCGCAAAAUAGAUGUCCAAGAUGCGCAACAAUUGUAUGACCUGUGCCUUGGGUCAACAAAUGUUCGUAUUUGUAGAGAUCAUUUUUGCGAAACGGCAUCUUAUAUCAGCGAUACGGUAGCCUCGGUAUAUGAUGGUAUUGUACGGAACCUUUUCACGAUACCGGGUCAUAUUAUGAAAGCAAUCGCUGCUCGCUUUGAGUCACACCGACGUGGUAUUGAUGCAAGCAUUUCGUUGACAGCCUACGACUUGGCUACUUUUCAUCGUAGGUUUAGGGACGAAGGUCGUGCCUUGCGCACAGUACAGUUGAUCCUAAAUGCAUCUCAUCAAAUAAGAAAGCAGGCUUAUAAAUGUGAUUUCAAGAAUGGCGACAACUAUUUCGAGCUGAAUCCAACGCACGAAGAUCCGAUAUGCACUGAGUCAACUUCUACUGAGCGGAAUGAAACGCAGCUCCCAAUCUCAUCAGCUUCAAUGAGCUCCAACGGUGUUUUGGAAUUGGACGAAACGAAUCCUGAACUUCUCGACAAGUACUUCUUGAUAAAAGGAAGUCAACUACUGAAACUUUUUCGUUUCUGUCCGUCUUGCGGGACGAGGUUAUCAGACUCCAUACGGUGUGUCAGUUUGACGGCCAUCGGGAGAAGCUCCUGUUGUGCACUACAUCUGUACGGCAUGUCAUCCAACUCGCGACGACGCACUGGUGUCAAGCAAGCUAUCAAGCGUGCUCCUCGAAGCCUUGCCAUAAAGAUGACUAGGGAUGAAGAAUUGCUUGAUUUUACCCCUAGAAAA